AUGACUCCACAUUUAACAGCCUUUUGUCCAGGCUACGAUUCCAGUUGUAUGACUGGACGAGUCACUUGGACUUUCUCGAGCCUCACUUUCCUCAUAUGUAAAAUGGGGGUGACAAUAGUACUCAAGGGUUGUGGUGAGCGAAUGGAAUUAAGAAGUCCUUGCUGCAGAGAUCUUUGGUUUGGGGGAACCAAAGAGGUUAUAGAGGCAGUACUGCGUUUGGGCUCAAGCCACUCCACUCCAGAAAAACCUGUAUCCGUCUCUGACUUUGAUCAGCUGGCCUUGAUUUACCCACCUUGCUUCACUCAGGGCUGCUAUAUGGAUGUGACACUCACUGAGUUUCUCGCAAGAGCUUUCAGGUCUACUGGAUUUAGUGUUAUCCAUAAGCAUGUGCACAUGAACCAGUGGUCAAUGGAAUCAUCUUCCCCAAAGUUUUUGUACAUUGUUUUGACCACAGGGUGGGAUCCCCACCUGUUACACCCUUGGCGCGGGGCACCUGCCCGACCUGAGCGAGCGGGAGCUGGGCCCGGGGGCUCCUCGGCCCACUCGGGCUCUUCGAACGUGGCGGGGUGGGGCAGGACCACGUGCGCUGUCGCCGCCAGCCAGGGACCAGCCAGGCUGAAGAAUAAGUUUCUGCCCCCUAAGCCACAGAGUGUUGCAACUCCUGAGGAGGAAAUCUCCCCUGCGCUUACAGGGUGUGAGGCAGAGAUGGAAGCAGAGGAACCAGGUGUAUAUCUGGACCGGGGUGGGAUUCUUCCUGCAAAGAUGAAGCAGCAUCUUGAGGGAGCGUGUUUCGGCUUCAUCAAUGAGCAGCUUUUUUCUGUGACCAGCAGUGCUGCAAGCCACAUCUUCCAAGAAGACCCUGAAGCCUUUGAGCUCUGUCAUUGUGGCUUUCAGAACCAAAUAAAGCAAUGGCCCUUGAAGCCUGUGGACCUAAUUGUGAAACACUUGAAACAGUGUCCAGCAUCCCUGGUUGUGGCAGAUUUUGGUUGUAGGGACUGUCGCCUUGCCUCUAGCGUCAGGAACACUGUUCACUGCUUUGACCUGGCUGCACUUGACCCCCAUGUCACAAUCUGUGACAUGGCCCAGGUGCCCCUCAAGGAUGAGUCUAUGGACGUUGCUGUUUUCUGCCGUUCAUUGAUGGGAACAAACCUGAGUGACUUCCUGAAGGAGGCAAACCGAUUGCUGAAACCAGGAGGCCUGUUGAAAGUGGCAGAGGUAGCCAGCCGGUUUGUGGAUAUGAGGAGUUUUUUGGGAGCCUUAGCCCAGCUGGGCUUCAAGCUUGUCUCCAAGGAUCUGACCAACAGCUACUUCUACCUGUUAGACUUCCAGAUAGGACCUCCCAAGGCUCAGGGUCCCCUUCAAGGCCUGACUUUGAAGCCAUGUCUGUACAAGCGCCGAAGACCCAGUCUGACUCCUUUCUGCUUCCAUCCUGCCUGA